AUGCCUGCAGCAAAACAUACGCCAUCUCCAGCGCAGUUUGAAGACGGACGACUUUGGCGACGAGUGGAGGAAGAUGGACGAGAGGCUGUGGGAAGAGGUUCAGAGGAAGAGGGGAACUCCAAUGCUUUCUUAUGGCGGGGGCAAGCGGGGGUUGCCGCCUCGUGUAAGGUGGAGGCUCUUGCAGGCGUACCCGACGCUGCGAGAUGCACUUGCGAACACGUCCCUGCCGAUAUCCCCGGAAUGUACGAAGUCAAGAAGGACGGCCAAACCGACUAA